UGUAUUCACUGUACGCUGUAUGCCAGUCAGUGAGACUUCAGAGUGACAAAACAGAAAAUCACCUCCCUCAGGAUGUUACCACGGUUUGGAAAGCAAUGCUGGAUGUUUGUAGCAAUCCUGAUCUGUGGGAUAUUUGUCAGCAACAGCAUUUGUGGCUGCUCAGACGAAAAUGGCAGCUGCAGACAAAAAAAUAUACUUUUUGUCAGUGCCAAAAACAUAAGUCAAGAUCACUUUCCAACAGAAGCUGUCUAUCACAAUGUCAGUGGAACUAAAUUCUGUUUUAAUAUCAGGAUGGACAAAACACAGCAUGCAGCCUGUUGUAACGGAAGCGAUUUCAACUGCAGCCUUAAAAUAAGUGCUGACCAAAAGAACUACAGCCUGAUUCUGAAUAAAGAGAUUCUUUCCAAGCAAGAUAUUGUACUGAUGAAAUCACCGAAUCAGAAGUACAGUUGUUUGCCAUCAAUUCUCCACAACAAAACUGAAGAUGACUUCUUUUUAGAAAUGCAUAAAUGCUUGGACAAAGGUGUAACAAAUAUUAAGUUGAGCCAAAAGGACCUCUGCGGAAACAAUACGUAUGAUAAAGAAGCUUGCAAAGAUUUGUCAGCAACAGACUACAAAAUAACCAUCGUUAAUGAAAACGUGCUGCAUUUUGUGUCAUGUGAGCCACCAGAAGAAACCUCAAUCCCUUCUCUUUCUCUCCCCCCACCUGUCGGCAAUAAUGGCACCGGGCUCAGCCCAGAGAAUGCAGCAAAUAUCAUGAAUAAUAUGUCUUCUCUGCUGGACGACAUCGGCAAUUCCAGCAGAGCGACCAUCUCAAUCGGCCAAAUUAAAGGGAUGAUCUUUAAACUCUCCACUGAAAAUCAAGCCGCCAUCAACUAUGAAAUUACAACAAGUGGUGAUAUGAAUGUAAGCAGUAUGCCUUCAUACAAGAAUAAAAACAAUAUUAGAGUUACAUCAACCUGUUUUUGUUUCUGA